AUGCAGCUGGAUCCUGAAUCACUUCGAAACGAUCCCACAAAUCUCACAGUUAUACUCCAUGAAGAAGACCAUACUAUUGGUAAUGCGUUGAAGCACAUACUUUGUAAAAUGGCUGAAGUUGAAUUUUGUGGAUAUAAUGUGCCGCAUCCUCUUGAAGAUAGAAUUUUAAUCCGGAUUCAAACUCGAAAGAAUAUAUCCGCUAAAGACGUUCUCAUUGAAGCGUUCGAUCAGCUGGAACUUGUUUUUGCAUCAAUACGACAAAAAUUCGAAAAUUCAUUAAAUGAUUUUCAUUCUCGAUAA